ACAGCAAACAUCUCUAUGUGACACUCCAGCAAACACACAGCAGGCAUUUCAAAUCCACUCAGGGACACCAUGACUGCAGCAUAAUGUCGGCAGAGGUUGGAAUCCACAAGUUCUCCUUUCCCUUCUCUUGUGCUGCACGCCUUUCCAAGCAAGACGAGGAGAGCCAGGUGGGAUGCAUACAGGUGAAGGCCCUGGAGCUUCGUGAUCUUGAGGAAAAUCCCAUUUUAAGCCAGUCUAGCGCCGUUACACUGGUAGGGGCUUUGGAGGGCCAUGAGAAUCCCAAAGCUCCCGCUGAGGGCGAUGUGGCCACCACCCAAGUUUUGGUUAGCCCCGAGGCCUCCCAAAGCGCCGUGCUCUCUCGCCGCAGCGUCUUUGAGAAACUAGCAGCGGAGGCAGAGGACCAGCGCCCGGUGGCGAAAAGACAGCUGUCCUCUGAGAGUGCGGCCAGGAACAUCACAGUGGUGAAGAAGAGCGCGGUGAGGGCUGAAGCAGAGGAACAAAGACACCAGCAAACCAAGGCCUCCAUGGCAGUAGGGAGGAGGAGGCGUCGAAAAGAUCUCUUUGCUAGCUCAGAGCUCUUUCACAGGCUUGACUCGCAUGUCAUCAGAGCUGGGGCAGAGCUGAAGGAAAAGCGUGUGCAUGAUGUGGCAACGAUCGUACAGAGCAUCACAAAGGUCUCCAGGACUGAGCUGGAGAAAGUCCGCGCCAUCUGGGUUUGGCUCUGCCACAACAUCGAGUAUGAUGUCAGCGGCUUCCUCGGCCACUCAGAGAGGAUGACCUCCCCGGAGGAAGUGAUAGCGACCGGCCGAGGUGUUUGCUGUGGCUACUCCAGCCUCUGCACAGACAUGUGCAGGCUGGUGGGCAUUGAAUGCCAAGAGGUGGCGGGGCACAGUAAGGGCAUAGGUUACCGCCAGGGCCAAAGCUUCAAGAAUGUGAAAUCGGAUCACCUGUGGAAUGCUGUGCUCUUGGGAGGACAGUGGUUCCUAAUGGACGCUUGCUGGGGAGCUGGACAAGUCAACAUGAAACAAGAGAGCUUCGUCAAAAGGUUCGAUGAUUUCUAUUUCCUGACGGACCCAGAGGAAUUCAUCGAGUCACACUUCCCCGACGAGGAGAAAUGGCAGCUUCUGGAGUCACCUAUCACCCUGGAAGAGUUUGAGAGGAGGGUGUUCAAGACUUCAUCCUUCUUCUCCAUGGGGCUGAGGCUGAUGCAACCUCAUCACUGUCACAUGGUCACUGACGAUGGCGAGGCAAACGUCUCCAUUGGCUUCUCCAGGCCUGUGACCUUUACCUAUGAGAUGAAGCAAGACCAGGACUUCCUGCAUUGCGGUGCUUCAGAGCAGCAGGAGAGCAGCCACUGCUCCUCCGGUCUCCUGAAAGUCUCCCACCGCAGCAUGAAUCUGCAGCUGCUGCCGCCUGCGAGUGGCAUUUACGACCUGAAGAUAUUCGCUAGGCCAGAAACUGCUACUACUCCCCUGGGUUGGGUAUGCUCCUUCACAGUGGAGUGUCCAGAACCCAGGGCCAUGGAGGACAUCCCGGAGAACCCCUACCUGUCAUGGGGCCUGCUACCCAAUGCAGCAUCUCUGGGAGUGGCAGGCUGCAGUCAGGACAGUCAGGUGGCCGAGGUGGAGGAAGGCCGCUUUGAGUUGGUUUUGAAGACGUCGAGGCCUCUUAUGGUGCUUUGUGAACUGGUCCACCCACAUCUGCAUGCCGCUGUUACCAAGCGCUGCCUGGCAACUCAGAUUCAACCGGACCUCCUGACCUGCCACGUCCUGUGCCCCUCACGUGGCUUUUACCGGCUGUCCGUGUUCGUGAGGGACUAUGAGAAAACAGAUGUCAAGUUCCAGACGGCCGCAAACAUCCUGUUGCACUGUAAGGGAAAAGUGAUCAGUCAGGAUGACCUGUUCCCUCCUAACCUGAGCUCGGCAUGUGGGCCGGGGACGCGUACGUCAGAAAUGGGUCUCUCCAAAUUCAGCCACACGACGCCUGUGGUGAGCACGCCUCAAGGCAAGUGUAACAUCACCUUCCACAACCAGCGAGACCUGGAGCUCCACCCUGUGAUCAGCAGAGCAGACAACAAAGCAGCAGCUUUCCCACUCACACGCCACCUUUUCUGCACGUACACAGACAGCAAGGUGACGGUGAGCGUCAGCCUGCCAGACACGGGGAUGUAUCGCCUGGGUCUGUACGCCAGGACCAGCUCCAGUGGAGAUUUCGACCCCAUGUGUGACUUUGUACUGAGGAACAGCUGCGAUCAAGCGGGGCUUCCUUUCCCCUGCGUCUACGCUGCCUGGAGGAAAGGCUGCGUGCUCUUUGAGCCCCGUGUCGGUCUACUGGAGUCUGCCACCUGGGUGCGCUUCCGGGUGAGGAUCCCGGGAGCCCAGAGGGUGUGCGUGGUGGGAGAAGGGCGGACGGAUCUGAAACUGAACAAGAGCCGGGUCUGGGAAGGCGAGGUAUUUAGCGGGGAAGGUGUCCCACAGCUGAAGCUGGCCGCAUCCUCGGGGGACUCCAGCGACUUGUCUGUUUUUAUGACCUUUGACAUCAAACCGGUGCAGGGAGGAGUGUGAAAUGGAUCAGACCUGGCGGAUAGCUUUCUGGAAAUAGCUCAUGCAUGCUAACGAUAUGAGCAAUUGUCAGAUAGAUGUGCAAAGACUGCGAGCUCUCUCCUUUUAGUUUUAGUAGCGUAGAUGUCAGAAUGAAGCCGUUCGUUUUAUUUUAAAGCUUGAGGCUUUCUUUUUUUUGAAAGGCAAAAUUCAGGACGAAACAUGUUUUCACUGGUGCUCAGCUGUGGUGCUCAACAAAGAACUGUGCUUUAUACAAUAACACAUUAAAAACUUAUUGGACAUUUGAAUCCCGUUUUUUCAGCAUGUAUCCAAUUUCUACUUUAACUUAAGUAAUGUUACUGCAUCUUUUGUUAGUUAGUAUGACAUUAUGGGGAGUUUAAUAAGACUUAAACAAGUUAGCUAAAUCGAGACCAAGGAAGAAACUCAAUAAAAUCUUAAUUACGAUCCAACAUUUUGGCUUGUUUUUAUGAGAGUAAAUCUAGUCAAGAGACAUUACUAUAGGAAGUAAACUUGGCAAGCAACAGUUCAUGAAAUAUGAACUCCGACAUGUACUGUGACGUUGUAAAGCAGAGAAUGAUCCACCCCACCUUUUUCUUCCAAGUGUAAUGAGGCAUAACAGCAUGCAGCAUAUCAUUUAUUGUCUUCCUGAUAGAAAGCAUUCGCACAUCAAACAUACACUGUUCCUACACCUUGGCAACUUUGUGAAUAGCCGCAAAACUAGCAACUUCCUCUGUUUUUUUGGCGAGACCAUUGUGUCUUGCAUACUAUCAAGCACCGUUGAAAUAGUGUUGCAGUCCGGGGACGCACGAGUGCUAAAGGAGCUGCGAUUCAUUGAGGUGAAACAUAAAUGCCAAAAUGUACUGUGACGUUGUGAAGCAGAAACUGGCCCACAUGGCAGUUUUCCAACAUGCUAAGAAGCCCAAACUCACAUCCAAGAUGACGAGUGGCUUGCUGACGAAACUGAAGGUGAUGGAGUGACUUGACAUCAUGACCAACCAAACACACAACAGGACCCUCAAGUUUGCUAAGUGAAAAAAUUUAAUUGUCUUCAGCUGCUAUGUUGUCCACAAAGGCUUGUGUCCACUCUGCUCAGUGUGAGGGACGAGUGUUUAUGUGCGGCUGUCACAGAGCUCUGAAAAUAGCCUCACAGCGCAAGCACAAUAGAGGGGGGAGGAAAAAAAUCAAAAAUAUAUAUUUGAAGUGAGAGGGCCGGUGAGUUUUUUUUUAAGUGUGCUGAGUGUGUCAGGUUGGGGCGGGGGUACUGUGUGUGUGUUCUUGCCUUAAGUCGCUGGGGAGAAACAGGCAUCUUAGUGGGGUGGCAGAAGGGAGGUGAGGAAAUGCUGAUGUCAGAGGUUAGCCAUGUGGAGGGCUGUAUCUGCCUGGCAACAAUACAAGGACACACACUUUUCCUUUCUUGUAAACACAGCAUGAGGAAAUGGAAGUCUAAAACCUCGCCAUGUGGAGCCGCAUUUAUCACAUUGUCAGCACUUUUUCAGCUGCCCUCGCUCUUUAAACUCCGGCCUGAUGCUGCCGCCGGUCCCAGGGUUCGGUCUCUGAGCGACGGCGGUAAAGCGGCUCGCUGGGAAGAGGAAAACAGUUCAGACACCUUCACAGAAGACAAGUAUCAAUAUUUAAUGAGUCACAUGGUGCAGAAAGUACACAAUGAGAUUAUCAUAUAUGUAUAUUAAAAAAAGCAUCAGUCACAGGAAAAAAACAGAAGUUACAGCAGCUUUUGUGCAAAAUACAAUUUGACGCCCUCCAAGACAAAAUGUGGGAGUCAGUUUGGCACCUUUGAAAUAAGAGAGGCCUCUCUUUGUUCACAAUACAAUAAGUUCCUUUUUAUUUAAUUAUAAGCCCUUUGUUUAGAUUUUUAUUAUCCAAAUCUAAUUGUGGCGGCAUGACAUCAAAAUCCAUCACAAUUUGAUUUGGGAGACAAAUAAAAGCUUCCUCCUUCUUGCAAGUGCCCAACCUGGUGCUUCAGACAAAACAUAUAAGCCAGUUUCAUCACCCCACCCUCACGUUGGGCAGGUCAGAUAUGCAAACUCUCGCUGGACAAAAUAAACCCAAAUUAUUCCUUGCACUGACCGUCCCCGAGGCCUGAGAAAUACAUUUGGACGUUUAAAAGUGAGUGUUCAUAUCCGUUUCUUCUAUAAGUGAUUACAUUCCACAUUGAUGGCCAAUAGAAACAAUUCCUCCAUACACAGUUUGAUGCUAUAACCCGUCACUCCCCUUCAACUUACACCAAACUUUGUUUUUGUCCUAUAACUUCAGCUACAAAACAAGAAGACACCAAGGUGCUGGUCUGCCAGAGAGCUGUGUAGAACUAAACGUACAAAAAGAGGCUUGUGGAGGGCACUUUGGGGACCCCGCAAGUGCAAAGUGGGGUAUUAGAAAAGUCAGUUUGGGGUAAGACUCAAUAGAAAAUUGGGUCCCAAACUAGAUCAUUUUAGUUAAGAUUUUCACUUUCAAUCCUGUCCAGAGAUGAGCACUUCUUCAUGUUAUUAGUCCAUGUUGAAGCCCCAAUUAUUAAGUAUAUUGGAAUGAUCUGCGUACAGUAGGACCUCAAAAUCCCAAAUCUCUGAGGUAGUAGAAUUUGACCGCAUUUUCAGAAAAAUUCCACCUCUAAAAUCACACAAGACUCAGAGUAGUUCGUACCGCCGCCAUGUGCGACGUCAGCGUACCUGACGAGGCUCGCUUUCAGCCAGCAAUGAUCAACUCUUUGGUUUUUAGGGUCUUUUUGGGACACUUCUUCAGACAAAAGGAACAAUAUAGUUGCUGUCACUUGUUAUAAACGUUAAAAUGGACUGCUUUAUUGUCUUUAAUGCGUUUGCUUUUAUAAAUAAAUCGGAAAUUGGGUGGUGUCGCUGAACGUUUGACCUUAAAGUAGGAGUGUCGAAACAUGCAGAAAAAUAAUCACACUUUUAUAUUAUUAAUGUUCAAAAAUAUAUUUUCAUUUUACAAGAAUUCGAGGGCCCAAAAAAGAGCUGUGGGCCAACAACUGCCCCUGGGCCGCACUGUGCACACCCCAGCCUUAGAAGGUACACUAUGUUGUAUGUACAGAAUGCUGGCCCCUAUUGAU